UUUUGUGAAUUGGACAGAGAGAUAAACUGUGCUCACUGCUUAUUAACUUACGAUUAAUAUUGGUUCUAUAAUUUCUUCCAAAAGAAGUUCAAGAUGCGUGUCGGUAUUAUUGGGGCAGGUGCUGCUGGUUUGACCUCUGCAAAACAUAUCAUCCAGGGUGGACACGACUGUGAGGUCUUGGAACUCCAGGAAGACUUAGGUGGUACCUGGAUAUACUCGGACGAUGUUGGAGCGGACAAAUAUGGAUUUCCCAUUUAUUCGGCAAUGUACCAAAAUCUCAGAACGAAUUCGCCAAAGGAAAUAAUGGCAUUUCCAGAUCUUGCAUUUCCAGACAAAGAAAAUUCUUAUCUAACACAAGCCGAAGUUCUCAACUACCUUCAUCAAUACGCCGAUAAAUUUAACUUGCGGCCACACAUCAAGUUCAAUAGAUUUGUUGUUGAAAUAAAGCCUUUGGAAGGCAACAGGUGGAUCGUGAGAUCAAUCAACAAAAUCAACAAGGAAGAAAUUGAGGAUGAGUACGACGCAAUUAUGAUUUGCAACGGUAUUUACAACGAGCCCGAUUAUCCAACUUUAGAAGGAAUCGAGAAGUUCACAGGACUGGCAACUCACAGCCAUCAGUUCAGAUCACCCAAACGGUAUAAAGGACAAAGAGUCAUUGUAAUGGGAGCAGGACCUUCAGGAUUCGAUAUCACACUCAACGUUUCAGAAGUUGCAACUAAAGUAAUAUUUAGUCAUCAUUCCACCUACGAUAUCAAAUCCAAAUAUCCGGAUAACGUGGAGCAAAGAUGUGACAUCAAGAAGAUUCUGAAUGAGAACACCGUGGAGUUUAUAGAUGGUUCUGUUGAAGAAAUAGAUGCUAUUAUCUAUUGUACUGGAUACCUAUACAGCUAUCCAUUCCUGCACGAAUCGUGUGGUAUUACAAUCACCGAAAACUACGUUCAACAUUUGUACAAGCAUUUGAUCAACAUCAAAUACCCAACGAUGUGUUUAAUUGGUAUUCCGUUCAAUGUGUGCGCCUUGCAAAUGUUCGACUUACAAGCGAGAUUUUUCACUGCUUAUUUGGAUGAGAAGAUGAAGCUUCCCGACUUUGACCAAAUGUUGAAUGACGAAAAGAGCGACAUGGAAGAGAGAAUUGCAAAGGGCUACACGAAACGGAAAGCCCAUUUGAUGGGUGUUGAUCAGAAUGCUUACUAUGAUAUGUUGGCAAAGACGGCAAAACUAAAGCCUAUUCCACCGGUAAUGACUAAAUUGUUUUUACAUUGCAUACAAUGUUUGAUCUGUGAUCUGAUGAACUUCAGAGAUUUGAAAUUCAAGAUCAUAGACGAAGAAAAUUUUAUUCAAAUCCUUUAAAUUUUACAAACAAAAAAAAAACAUAAUUUAACAUUUCAAUACAAUAAUGAAACAAGAAGUCAUUUCACAGAAGUCAAUAAGCCGA